AUGGCAGAUUUCAGAAGGGUAUUUAUAUUAGCAUAUCUAUUGUAUUUGCUUAUAAUAAUUACUAAAUUAUUUAUUUUAUUUAGACUUGAAACUAUUCAUAAAGCGGAGUUUAUACAUCGAGAUUUUCAUAGUGGAAACAUAUUGUCUAGUUUGAUAGACGAACGUCGUUAUUUUGGUAAAAGAAAUCAAUGGCAAAUUGGAGAUCUUGGGUUAUCACAACCUGCAAAUAAACCUUCAUUGAAUAACGAAAUAUAUGGAGUAAUACCUUAUAUUGCGCCCGAAAUAUUUAAAGGAUCUGCAUUUUCUAAAGAGUCUGAUGUUUAUUGUGUAGGCAUGAUCAUGUGGGAGUUAACAACUGGUUGUAAACCCUUUGCUAAUGUUGAACAUGAUAUUCAACUUGUUUAUAAAAUUCUUGAUGGAGAACGGCCUGAAAUAACAGAAGAUACACCAGAAUGUUAUGCAAAUUUAAUGAAAAGUUGUUGGGAUUCUGAUCCCGAAAAAAGACCUACUAUAACAGAAAUUCGUAAAACCUUUGGUAAAUGGUUUUUCAAAAAUAAGCAUAUUGAACCAUUUAAUCAAGCUGAAAUUAAAAGAAUAGAGUUAAUAAAUUUAAAGAAACUUGGACCCGAGUCUAGUGAAAAACCUCAUCCAAAUGCUAUUUUUACAAGUAGACCAUUAAGCUUUUUUAUUUCUAAAUGCUCAUCUAUCAAUUCCUCUAAAGACUAUACUUCAUUAGAACUAGAACUUGACAUUGAUAUUGAAAGAUCAAAAGUACUUGGAACUAAGCGAAAUAUUGAAAAAUUAAAUAUUAGUUCUCAUGAAAAUAAUGGUAAACACAUUAAAUUAUAUAAUAAUAUAUAAAGUAAUAAGAAGUGGGAAUUUGG